UCACUUCAUGUCUAGUGCUCUGCUGCUUUUUCCCUUCCUCCCCAUUACUGUCUUUACAGAUUUCCUUUCUCAGAAUGUCACACGGAGGCAAUCUUAUAAUACGUAGCUUUUUCCUCAGUGACCUUUUUCCACUUAGUAAUAACUUCCAUUUUUUUCUUUCAUAUGUGGAGCAUGUGUUUUAUGUCAGUAGUCGCCCAGCAACAUUGUAAAUUGCCCUUCAGCGUUCUCUGUGUCAACUUCUCCCUGUAUUUGGAGGUUUAAAUCACUUCCGUGUUUCUGCCAUCAUGGAUCACAUUGUGGAGGACAGCUCUGCAGAGCCGUGUUUGCUCCAGCCAUCAUCCUUACGAUUGCUUCCUUACAGCGGAUUCCUAGGGGGAGAUUUCUCAUGUAGAGCGCUCGCUGGUCUCUGAGUUGCUGAACCGCCUUCUGGAAACACUGUUCCACAUCCCACUCUAACGCAUAAUCUGAGGUCCUCAGUGUCACUCGGAUUUCAAGGUUUUGUGAAUUUGCUAAUGGAGACAUGAUGCUGGAAGGCACCGCCUAGUACUGAGAAAGAGCCAGUCAGAGGCCAAGUUCAAGCCAAGAAGGGAGGAGGACUUGGAUAGGUUAGUGAUGUUUACCAUGGGUGCCACAUUAGAAUUAUGAGAGACAUAUGCUUGUUAUCUCUGACACCCAGAGCCUGAGUAUUGAUAAUCUUUUACAUUUUUCCAUUGAUUAGUGUUUAAUCACUUCUUUUACACAUUUUUCAUGAUUUUUUUUUCUACUGAGCUGAGCAUCAUUAUAAACAGAUGAGAAGUAGCUUUAUGUUGGGUAUUGUAACUGCUAUGAAGCUCUUCAACCAAGUGCUAAAGAUAUGGUUCAGGGCCUCAGACAUGAUUGGCAGAUGGUCUACCUCUGACCUAUAUUUUCAGCCCAACCCCGUUUUUAAAAGUCAGAAAAAUGCCAGGCGAAGUCACCCAUGCCUUUAUUCCUAGCACUCAGGUAGGCAGAGGCAGGUAGAUCGCUGUGAGUUUGAGGCCAGCCUGGUCUACAAAGUGAGUCCAGGACAGCGAGGGCUACACAGAGAAAGCCUGUCUCUAAAACAAAACAAAAAGUCAGAAAAAUGUCACCAACCUCCCUUUAAUGUCUAGUAUACUUUUUUUUUGAGACAUGAUCUUACUAUGUUUCUAUGGCUGACCUUGAACUCAUGACUCUCCUAUCAACCUCUCAAGGAGCUGGGCUUAGUUUUUAUAUGCUUUUAAAUGACACUAACAUUUAAAUAAAAAUAAUAACUAAUGUUAAUAAAGUGAUUGUUAUGGGCUAAAAACAUUGUGUGUGUACCUGUCCUAUGAAACAGAAAUGUGUGAAGAAUCAGUCCCUCUAAACAAGUGGGAAAACCAAGACAAGGGUCAUUUGUCAAAGUUACAGAGCCUAGGUAGGUCAGUGACAGAAUGUAUGCUGGAGGAAGAUUUCCAUAAAUUUAGCAGGGUGUAAUGGCACUCCUUUAAUCCCAGCAUUUGGGAGGCGGAGGCAGGAUGAUUGCCACAAGUUUGAGGCCAGCUUGGUUUACACAGCAAACAUCAGUUCAAGUAGACUACAUAGCGAAACUUGGUCUUAAAAGAAACCAACUUGGAUUAGAGUUGACUCGGCAGUUGAGAGCACUUGUCCUGGCAGACGACCGGGGUUUGAGUACCAGCGCCCACAUUGUGGCUCACAACCUCUUGUAACUCCAGUUCCGGGGUAUCUGACAUCUUCUGGCCUUCCUAAGUAAUCCACACACACAGUAUGCAUAUAUACACAUAGGUAAAGCACUCAUACACGUAAAUCAAUAAAAUAAAAUUUUAACUCUCUACAAAACAAAAAAAGAGAACACUAAUCAAAUCUUUUCAAGAAGGGGAAACCGAGACUCAGAGCACAGGCAGAAAAUAUCUCAGUUUAUGGCACAAACAAGCCCAAGCCCCCAAGCUUAGGGACCCCCAUCCCUGGUCUGUGUCUGACCUUCAGUCCUUUUGUUAUUCAAGGGGACAUCAGAAGAUGCAGGGUGGAUAGCAAACAGAACUGCCAACUCUCAUGGGGCCAAGCUUAAGGGAGGCCAAGUGGGCACAGCCUCCUGAUGCCCCAGUCCCCUAGCUGCCAGGCAUUCUGGGAUCCUGGCUCUGUGCCAAGGGUGAAAAUGAGCCGCCGGCCUCUGGCCACUCGCUACCCCUCCUCUUGGGUUUGCAUCUCAUUGCUGAAGGUUGCACCAGGCUUAAUCUCUGUGAGUGCAGACUCCGAGGAGCCAGGCUGGAGGGAGCAGUGCCAGCAGCUUGGAGUGCUUCGAGAGGCUGCCCUCUGCUCGGGCAAGGAGGCCAGAGCAGCAUGCAGAAAUGGCUUUCUGAGCUUCACCUGGCCCAUGCCUUCCGGUGCCUCCUGAGAUGGAUAUGAAGGACUUGGUGAAGGUCACUUAGUCACAUCCUAUUCUGACCCAUAUCCCCGUAAGCCUUCAGUUGAAGUCCAUUUCAAAGUAAAAUGCACAGCACUCGUACAAGUGAGGCUUGUUCAUGGUCUUCAGGCGGCUUUUCCAAGAAUGGGAAGACCAACGGCUAGUAAGUAGACAUUAAGGAUAAUGAGAGUAGGGAACCGUUUCUGUUUUGUUUGCCAGGAAGCUCAGAACUGAAUGGAUGCUCCAUCACUAACCAUCUAACAACAGGCAAUUAUAAUCUGUUGGGCGCCACAUGGGUGGGCAUAGGACAUGCUUGUCAUCUCUGACCUCUGGAACCUGAGGUCUUUGACACUUUUUGUUUCUUGAGCAUCUGAUUUUUUGUACAAGUAGAAUAUUCCUAAUCUGAAAAUCCCAAAUCCAACAUAAGUCAAAAUCUGACAAUGUUCAACAAACAAUCAAGUUUUGGGAUUUGGGGGUGUGGUAAAGAGUAUGCCAGCCUUCCAAUGCUGGGACACCACCAGGUCUGAAAUACUUCUGGUCAAGCAUCUCAGACAAGUGACAUACAAGCUGGGUGUGAUUCUGUCAGACAAUGUGAAAUGUCACAUGCAAGCAAGAGCCACAGGCCUCCCUGCUGGGAGGUAGGGACACUGUCAGUGACCACUUGAUUUGGCCUGUCUGUGGGCCUCUUCUCCUAGCUCCUAGUCAUUGUGUCUCUUCUCCCUCAACCCCUACCCUGACACUUGUCCUUGUCUCUGGGCAGCCAAUGAAACACAGCCCCUAUAAAGUGGUGGUACUUGGCGCUUUCCAAGGCCUCCCAUCAGUCUGUCCCUUUUUCUACCCAUUGGAUGCCCUGGCAGUUAUGACAUGAAGACUCCUUAAGGCUUAACAGGAAUGUCCAACCUUUUGAUGUUGCUACUGAUGCUGUCUUCCACAGUAUUCACACUCCAUAACCUUGUUUAAAAAAGAAAGAAAAGCAGAGGCUGGAGGGAUGGCUCAGUCACUCACACUGCGCUUUCCUGGGGUUCAUGUUUACUCCCCAGCAUCCAUAUUGGUUGACUCACAACCACCUGCAAUUCCAGCUCCAGGUGACCCCACAACCUCUUCUUGCUGUCCAUGGGCACCUCCACUCACAUGUACACGCACACACACACUUAAAAAAUGAAAUCAAUAAAAAAUUUUUAAAACUAUUUUCGAUUUAUUUAUUUUUAUUUUACGUGUAUGAGUGUUUUGCCUGCUCUUAUGUCCAUCUACCACAUGUAUGUAGUGCCCACAGAGGCCAGAAGAGAGUGUUGGAUUUCCUAGAAUUGGACUUAUAGAUGGUUGAGCUGCCAAGUUCUGGGAAUCGCCUCUGGUAGACCAACAAGUGCUCUUAACUGCUAAGCCAUGUCUCCAACCCCUAGAAAAUGUGUGUGUGUGUGUGUGUGUGUGUGUGUGUUUAAUGUUUUAAGAAACUCCCGUGAUUCAUUAAGUGAGUUUAUGCGUCUAAGGGUGCAUGUGUCCUGUGAGCCACAGGCUUGACAUGCCCAGUAGAAAGACAGGAUGACUGCCUGGAAGCUGGCAUACUUUAGGGCUUGCUGUGAGAAUCCGGCUCUUAUAUUUGUGAAUCGGAUUCAGCCGCACCUCUCACUGCUCUAGCCCCUCGCUGCCAGCCUUGUCACCUCUCUUGCCACCCCUUGUCUGGUCACAUGGGGAAGUAGAGUCAAAUGUAACUCUCCAGGCUUGCUUGCUGAAGUCUCUUGUGGAGCUCCCUACGAGUCAGCGGGACACAGAAGACAGUGCACUGAUUGUGACCAGGCUCACUUGAUUGUCAAUUCAUUUGGCAGAUGUGAAUUCUGCUGGGGUGGGAUGGGGCAGAGAGCAGGAUGAGACCAGCUAGGUGCUUAAGGUGCAGAAUUAAAGGGAGUCCACUCCCACACCCCACAGACUCCCUGAGGAUGAGGUUCAUGCCUCAGUCCUUGGUGCCUAUGUUCCCGGUGCUGGAGAGUCAGUGGCAAGUCAGAGCCCAGGAAAGCCAUUUGUCCUGCCCUCAGGGAGCUUACAAUUGCAAGUUAGCAAAAGGCCAGUAUACGUAAGGCAUGUAUUGUCAAACAUGACCAAGACUAGUAGAGGCAUUACUGGGGGUAGGGGCCAGUGAGGAGAUGGGUGGAGCACAGCUAGGCAGUGUUGCCGGUGGAGUAGACAGGGGCCAGAGGAAAAAAAAAAAAAGCUCUGUAAAGUGGUCCUAGGCCAUGUGCCCUCAGAAAGCACCGAGACUGUCAGCGAUUAGCUAAAAAAGAGAAAUCCAGCCUUGCAGAGACCAUCCAUUCUAAGCUGCCUUUGUCAUUGUUGCCUGGCUAUGUUCCUGUUCAGCUUUCUCUGUCUCUCUGUCUCUCCCUCUCUCUCGUUUUUGAGUCAGAGUCUCACUCUAUAACCCUGUGUGUCCUGGGACUCACUAUGUCGACCAGGCUGACCUCGAACUAACUUAACAGAUCUGCCUGCCUCUGCUUCCUGAGUGCUGGGAUCAAAGGUGUGCGGCACUAUGGGUGGCUCCUGAUUAGCUUUCUAACCUGGGAUUGUAGCCUCCUCCAAGCUUCUCUCUGUCCCUCUCACCCACCACAACUGUGAUGGAAUCUAUCAAGCUGUCCUCUGACCUCCGCACACGUGCACACACACCCCUACUAAAUUAAAUAGGGUUACUAAAAGAAAUGGGAAUGUAGAGAAAUCAGACAACCUUCCUUAUCAGUCAGCUUGGUAGCCAUGGCCACUGACUGGCCACAUGGCUUCAGCCUCCCAGGAGUGAAGGUUAAGAGGUCAAAGGUCAAGGUGCUUUCCUCUUAGUUCCAUCCAGAUAAGGACUACCAUGAAGAUGGGACCAUCCUGCUGCCCCCUCACAAGCAGAGAGCCCCAUGUCAUGCUCUCUUAUGAGGGCACCUGACCCUACAGCCCUAAUCUAGUCUUUGCCUCCUCUCCAAAUAGUCACAGUGGGAUUUGGGACUUGAACAUGACAGAGUGUCAAGGGUUCAGCCCCUAACACCUGCCCCAUGGCUGCACAGCCUGUCAUUGAGCUUGAACUUGACUCUCUACAGUGCAGGCUGCUCUUAGACGCUGUGCUUGAGAAACUCCUGCCCUUGCAACAGCAUCCCGGUCAGCCUGCGUGACCUUGGGCCAGUAACUUCUCAGCCUUCAGCCCGCUGCACCCCUUUCCUCAGCGGGUGGCUGGGGAACCGUCGGCCUGACUGGGAGGUGGAGCAAAACGCACCGCUCGCACCCGGGGCGGUGCAGGUGGCGCAGGGCUGCGGUGGCCGAGGACAGAAUGACUGAGAACAUGAAGGAGUGCUUGUCUCACACCAAGGCGGCUGUAGGGGACAUGGUGUCAGUAGUGAAGACAGAGGUCUGCUCACCACUCCGGGACCAGGAGUAUGGCCAGCCCUGCUCUCGGAGACCGGAGUCCUCUUCCAUGGAAGUUGAACCCAAGAAACUGAAGGGAAAGCGUGACCUCAUCGUGACCAAAAGCUUCCAGCAAGUGGACUUCUGGUUCUGUGAGUCCUGCCAAGAAUACUUCGUGGAUGAGUGCCCGAACCAUGGUCCCCCCGUGUUUGUGUCUGACACGCCAGUGCCUGUGGGCAUCCCAGAUCGGGCAGCCCUCACCAUUCCACACGGCAUGGAGGUGGUAAAGGAAGCCGGCGGUGAGAGCGAUGUGCGGUGCAUCAGUGAGGUCGUCCCCAAGGGCCACAUCUUUGGCCCCUAUGAGGGGCAAAUCUCCACCCAAGACAAGUCAGCUGGCUUCUUCUCGUGGCUGAUUGUGGACAAGAACAACCGCUACAAGUCUAUAGAUGGGUCGGAUGAGACCAAGGCCAACUGGAUGAGGUACGUGGUCAUUUCCCGGGAGGAGAGGGAGCAGAACCUCCUGGCCUUCCAGCACAGCGAACGCAUCUACUUCCGGGCAUGCCGAGACAUCCGGCCAGGAGAGUGGCUGCGGGUCUGGUACAGCGAGGACUACAUGAAGCGCCUACAUAGCAUGUCCCAAGAAACCAUCCACCGCAACCUAACCCGGGGAGAGAAGAGGUUGCAGAGGGAGAAGGCUGAGCAAGCCCUGGAUAGCCCGGAAGACCUAAGGGGUCCCGCUCAGUUCCCUGUGUUGAAGCAGGGCAGAAGUCCUUACAAGCGCAGCUUUGAUGAGGGCGACACGCACCCUCAGGCCAAGAAGAAGAAGAUAGACCUCAUCUUCAAGGAUGUACUGGAAGCCUCCCUGGAGUCUGCCAAUGUGGAAGCCCGCCAGCUGGCCCUGAGCACCUCUCUGGUCAUCCGGAAAGUCCCCAAGUACCAGGACGAUGACUAUGGGCGGAGUACAGCUGCCAUGACACAGGGCAUACAGAACAUCCACAGGACCCAAGGGGAAGAGGACUGGAAGGUCCCCCAAAGGGUGGCCAAGAAACUGGGCCCUUUGGAGGAUGAAGAGGAAGAGCCUACAUCAUUCAAGGCCGACAGCCCUGCUGAGGCCUCUCUGGCGUCUGACCCCCAUGAGCUGCCCACCACCUCCUUUUGCCCUAACUGCAUUCGCCUGAAGAAGAAAGUACGGGAAUUGCAGGCAGAGCUAGAUAUGCUUAAGUCUGGAAAGCUGCCCGAGCCCCCCAUUCUGCCACCGCAGGUACUGGAGCUCCCCGAGUUCUCAGAUCCUGCAGCCUCUGAGAGCAUGGUCUCCGGCCCCGCCAUCAUGGAGGACGAUGACCAGGAGGUCGAUUCCGCGGAUGAGUCUGUCUCCAAUGACGUGAUGACGGCAACCGAUGAACCCUCCAAGAUGUCCUCCGCCACCGGGCGCCGCAUCCGGCGCUUCAAGCAGGAGUGGCUGAAGAAAUUCUGGUUCCUGCGGUACUCCCCGACCCUCAACGAGAUGUGGUGCCACGUGUGCCGUCAGUACACAGUGCAGUCCUCACGCACUUCGGCCUUCAUCAUCGGCUCCAAGCAGUUUAAGAUCCACACCAUCAAGCUGCACAGCCAGAGCAACCUGCACAAGAAGUGCCUCCAGCUGUACAAGCUGCGCAUGCACCCAGAGAAGACGGAGGAGAUGUGCCGCAACAUGACCCUGCUCUUCAACACGGCCUACCACCUGGCGCUGGAGGGCAGGCCCUACCUGGACUUCAGGCCGCUGGCGGAGCUGCUGCGGAAGUGCGAGCUCAAGGUGGUGGACCAGUACAUGAACGAGGGGGACUGCCAGAUCCUCAUCCAUCACAUCGCCCGGGCACUGAGGGAGGACCUGGUGGAGCGCAUCCGCCAGUCGCCCUGCCUCAGCAUCAUCCUGGAUGGGCAGAGCGACGACCUUCUGGCUGACACCGUGGCUGUCUACGUGCAGUAUACCAGCAGUGAUGGGCCCCCGGCCACAGAAUUCCUGUCCCUGCAGGAGCUAGGCUUCUCCAGCACGGAAAGCUAUCUGCAGGCGCUUGACCGGGCCUUCGCCGCCCUGGGCAUCCGCCUCCAGGAUGAGAAGCCAACCGUUGGCCUGGGGGUGGAUGGAGCCAACAUCACCGCCAGCUUGCGAGCAAGCAUGUUCAUGACCAUCCGCAAGACGCUGCCCUGGCUGCUGUGCUUGCCCUUUAUGGUGCACCGGCCCCACCUGGAGAUCCUGGACGCCAUCAGCGGGAAGGAGCUGCCCUGCCUGGAGGAGCUGGAGAACAACCUGAAGCAGCUCCUCAGCUUUUACCGCUACUCGCCGCGCCUCCUGUGCGAGCUGCGCUCCACGGCCUCCACCCUGUGCGAGGAGACCGAGUUCCUGGGGGACAUCCGCGCCGUGAGGUGGAUCAUCGGCGAGCAGAAUGUCCUGAACGCCCUCAUCAAGGACUACCUGGAAGUGGUGGCCCACCUGAAGGACGUCAGCAGCCAGACGCAGCGGGCAGACGCUUCCGCCAUCGCCCUGGCCCUGCUGCAGUUCCUCAUGGACUACCAGUCCAUCAAGCUCAUCUACUUCCUGCUCGACGUGAUCGCCGUGCUCUCCCGCCUGGCCUACAUCUUCCAGGGAGAGUACCUGCUGGUGUCACAGGUGGACGACAAGAUCGAGGAGGCAAUCCAGGAGAUCAGCAGGCUUGCGGACUCCCCAGGGGAGUACCUGCAGGAAUUCGAGGAGAAUUUCCGAGAGAGCUUCAACGGGAUCGCUGUGAAGAACCUCAGGGUGGCCGAGGCCAAGUUCCAGUCUAUCAGGGAGAAGAUCUGUCAGAAGACACAGGUCAUUCUGGCCCAGAGGUUUGAUUCCCGAAGCCGGGGCUUUGUGAAGGCCUGCCAAGUGUUUGACAUAGCCGCCUGGCCCAGGAACAGUGAGGAGCUCCUGAGCUUCGGCAAGGAGGACAUGGUCCAGAUCUUCGACCACCUGGAAGCCAUUCCUACCUUCUCCCGGGAUGUGUGCCGUGAAGGGAUGGACCCCCGGGGGAGCCUGCUGAUGGAGUGGAGAGACCUCAAGGCUGAUUACUACACCAAAAAUGGCUUCAAAGACCUCAUCAGCCACAUCUGCAAGUACAAGCAAAGAUUUCCGCUCUUGAACAAGAUCAUUCAGGUCCUUAAAGUCCUCCCCACCUCCACUGCCUGCUGUGAGAAAGGCCGCAGUGCCCUCCAGCGGGUCCGCAAAAACCACCGCUCCCGCCUGACCCUGGAGCAGCUCAGUGACCUGCUGACAAUUGCUGUGAAUGGACCACCCAUCGCCAACUUUGAUGCCAAGCGAGCCCUGGACAGCUGGUUUGAGGAGAAGUCCGGCAAUAGCUACGCACUGUCAGCCGAGGUCCUCAGUAGGAUGUCUGCCCUGGAGCAGAAGCCCAUCCUGCAGGCUGUGGACCACGGCUCUGAGUUCUACCCAGACAUGUAGGGGGCAUGCGCUGCAGAGGUCACAAAGCCGGUGAAUAUUUUUUUAAUCUAUACUCAUAAGCUUUGAUAUAUUAUAUAAAUAUAUAUUAUAUUAUAUUAUAUAUAUGUAAACCCACACUGAAAAUUUUUUUAAAAAACUAAGGUGAUGUGUCCACCAGAAGCUACUGGCAGCUUUCAGAAAGGAGCAAUGUCGGCAACUGACUCUUGUCUCCGCAAUUGGCAGCUGCAGCCUACGAGGCAACUCAUCUUCACUCACACGAGCAUGUUCUGGGGCCACGCGUGUUCCCACCAAACGGUCAAAGCAGCAUAAGCUAAAUGACGACUCUCUUCGUCACUUCUAGGUGGCUUGUUCCGUUUCUGUUCUCAUGUGUUGGUCGAAGGCCUGGGGGUUGGGGUGAUGAUCUUGCCUUCUCCUUUUUUUGGUUUUACGACUGGGGAGCUUUGUGGUCUCCUCAUUGGCAUUCUGGUCCAGACACACUGCGUCUGGCUUUCCAUAGGGUGAAUUGGAUUUAUGUGUUGGACUAUCUGGUCUUUCUCCCCUUUCCUGACUUCAGCUUGGGAGAUCUUCCUUUGUUCGUUUUCUGACUGAUUCCUUCACUUGUCCCACCAACAAACGCGUCGCUCUCCCUCAACUGUGAACCCUUCAUUCUCACCCACGCCACCCCUCCCAUCCCUCGGUCGUCAGUUCCCUUCUUAGGCCUCUGGACAUUAAGGAUAUUAGCUACUACACUGAAGGCAACUUGUUUUUCACAUUUAAGCUUGAAAUCUGGGGAGCAGGAGGAAGGGUAAGCUUUGUGCCACCUUCCUUCCAGCCAGUGGAGGAGAAAACAUACUUCCAUUCAGAUCUGGGGCUGUUGGGGGAGACAAAUGAGCCAAGAAAUCGAAACCCUAACAGGUUUGUUUUCUUUCUUUCUUUUAUUUUUAAUUUUUUUCUUUCUUUUUUUUUUUCUUUCUUUCUUCUUUUUUUUUAUUUUUAUUUUUUUAGCAAUUUUUGGCUAAAAGCAAGUAAAAUGAAAAGUGUUAUUCAACUUCCACAAUUUUUUUUGUCCUUAUAAUUAUAGAAUGUGUUGGGAAAUUUUGGGUUUCUUUUUGUAAUCAAAGAGCAGCUGUUUUGUAGUUCAAGGGCAGAAUCUAUGAAUGCAGGUCAUGCCCUGAGUUAUACAGAAGAGUCCCCAGAGAGGCUGUUCCUUUUGCGAAAGGCUGAUGAUAUGCUCCUCAGCCUGGUAGGAAGGUCAGAGGACACAGGGCAGUGCUUCUCUGCCUGUGAAUUCUUCCUAUUUUGAAUAGAAGUGGAAUGUCCAAAAGAAAAGGAAGUGAGGCGGGAUUCUCAAAGUAAGAGCAGGAAUGCACACAUACACAAACACACACAUACACACACACUCUGUAACCACAUAUAAGCUUUAGAAAUGCCACUUGCCUCCCCCUAGCAGGGGGCCAGACAGUGGUUUUAGCCAGAGGAGUCUGACCAAUGUUCACUUAUCUACCAGUAUACCUCGCAAAGAGUUUUCAGAAAUGUGCGUGAGCUGUUAAAAACUUCUCUCCUGUUUCCACAUCUGAUCUGUGCAGUCUCUGCAGGUCCCAGGAUGUGGAUACGGGUUGUCUUGGGGGAAGGGAGGAAGAUCUGAAGUACCUACCCAGGGUCAGUUCUGCAGAGGACUGUCCCUCUCCUUCAGUGGGGGUACUGGAGAUCCAACCACAGGCAAGGCCCCAUGUCCUUGACCUGCCUGGUUGGACCUAUAACUACGUGGUGACUUCCUUCCUUCUGGGUUCGUCUCGUCUCUGAGGCCUCAUGGAAAUGUCAUUAACACUGAACAUGUUGCUACCCUUUCCUGGUUCUGCAGUCUGUCCGUCCUCCCUUAGAUCCUCCCAUUGCCUCGAUGGUCUUGGUGCUAAGAUAACUUUAGAAACAUUGCUGCUAGCCAAUAGCUUUUCAUGAUAUAAAUAUAUUAUAUAUAUAUAUAUAUUAUAUUAUUUUUGAAAUGUUUUUGUUUUCAACAGUGAUGUAGCAUGUUUAAAACAAGAAACAAAACUAAGCAAACAAACAGAAAGCUGGGUCUUUCCAACUGUUCCACUGCCAGGCCUCUUACGCUGCCUUCUUCAACAAGUUGAUACACCCCGCCCGGUGACUUUCAUCCCUGACCUCACUCUGGUCCCCAUCUUAUCUCCCUUCCCUCUGCACAGGGAGAGUUAGCAGGAGCUAGGUAGGAAAACCCAAAGCCCGUUUUAGAAGCUUGGGAAUCCCCAUCCUCGUCCUAUUUGCCGGCUCUGAGCUGGUCUCUCCCUCCAGCUGCCCCUCCCACCCAGGGCCAAGCCUAGCUGGAGCCUCGUGGCUCACUAUUGUGAAACACAAGGUCUCCCACCUGCCCAGGUCCUGCCCUGGGACCUCCUCACGGACAGACUUUGGUCUGGGGCAUUUUCAUUGAAAACUGAACAGACCAAGGUGGCUCAGAGUAGGGAUGUCUGGCAAGGCAGUCUCCCAUGGGCAGCCUGCAGCCGUAAACAGUGGCCUGGGUCUUUCUUUCUUGCCAACAGUUGCCUUACACCUCUCUUUCCCAAUGCAUGGGGCUUUCUCAUCCAGGAAGGCCAGACAUGUGAAACCAGGACUGAGUGUUAGUUCCCAGGGGGCUGUGGCUGAGCUAACUCAAGUCCUCAGCUAUAGAGACAAGUUCUACCAGCCCAAGCCAGUGUUCUCUAAGUCUCCUCAAAAUACCCAGGGAACAAUGGACCUACUUUGGGGCCUAGAAAAUUACCUGAUCUGGCAGCAUGGGUGCCUAGUCACCCAUUCCCCUGGUCCUCUGUCUCCCCAACCCUACCCCUGUCCUCUGUUUCAAUGGCCUCCACCUGAGAGCCACUGAGAAGCUGCACUCUCCUGGUGUCUUACAUUCGGCCUCUGGGACACUGGGGUCCUGGUGACCUGGAUUUAGCCAAGCAGGGCUGUGGCAGAUGCUCUAUAGACCACUUUGCCUUGGGAUGAUGAGUGAGUAAGGAUGAUGAGGAUGAACCCCACCCAGUCUUUCCUCAGAGUGGAUGCUCCCUGGGAGGGCCAGGGCUUCUGCCCAGUGACUUCCAUUUGUGAUGCCCUGUGAUCCCAGACCUAAGGACUUCACACACUUCUCUUGGAGAAGGGCUUGGGUCCGCCAGAGAACCAUAUGCCUGGUUUACCUCCUAUCUUGGCUGGUUUAACAGACUGUGGGAAGAUAGCCCUUGCAGGGUAAAUGCAGUUUUUUUCUGAUUGGACGGGGACUGUAACUCAGCCCCUGGUGUAGAACUAGUAGCCAUGGGCAUUAGAAUGAAAAGCAUCUGUGAGACUUAUUCUCUCUGGGCUGAUUAAUAGUGGCUUUCAUUGGCUCACAGCGAGAGUAGGAAGUGAGACAAUGUUGAAGACUGAAGCUUGGGGCUGUUGUGCCAAAUGGGUACCUUUGCUGAACCACAUGUUUAAAAUGUACUCCUGAGCGAAGGGAAACAAUGACAGCUUAGCGUGUGUGAGACAGGAGGACUAUGCAGCCUGUGAGCAGUUCCUGCCCAGUCAGAAUCUCUUCAGGGACAGCAGAGUCCAGGCAUCAGAAGUGGAGGAGGUUUUUGUAACGUCUGCUUGUGGCAUCACAUGAUGACAGGUCCAUCUUCCCUUUCACAUCCUCACUGGGAAACGAGAGCCCACUGAGCUCCAGGACCCUGUGUAGCCAAGUUCUGCCUGGAGCCCUUAGGUCUGAGGUGCCUGGAACUUCCGCCCUUUGCUCUCCCUGUGCGUUUCCCAACUUGAGUUGUUUUGCUGAGGUUUCUCCUUGGCUUGUUCAUCCCAGACCUUUGAUUUUGAGCAAGGACCCUCUGAGUGACUUAAAACCCCCUUUUAAAUGUUUCUCAUUUGUUUGGAGGAGGAGGAAACAGGGGAAGAGGUGGAGAAGGUGGACAUGGGCAAAGAGAGGUAGAAAUGGACUUAGAAUGUUACUCAGCCUGAGCUGGAGGACCGGCAUCCCAUUGCUGCCCGCCUGGAGCCAGUUGGGGCCCGGGAGAGGCCAGAUGGCUGAAAGCCCAAUUUCUGUCUUCUGGAACGCUCCUUUAUUUUCACUUCUGCCUCCCUGAAAGGCAUCCCAGACUGUUUUCAGUGUAUGGUCUGGGUUAAAUUCUAACUCAGAUUUGUGCUUUUUUUUUUUUUUUCCUUUUUGUGGCCCAUGCACCCCAUUUGGGCAUAGGCUCCAGGUUCGCUGGAGGUCAUGUGUGCCCUGGAGGCCCUCCAACUUUUCGAAGAGGCAGCCCAGCCAGACUGGGCUAGCAACUGAAGCAGGGAGAGCGGGCCUCCAGAGUGAGGAAAGGAGGACACAGAGGGCAGUUAAGGUAGACCACCCCUUUUAUACACUGCUCUAGGUUCCAACCUGGCCGUCCCUCCGAUCCUCGAGAGGGAAAGUGCACGAGACAUGCGCAGCCCUCUUCUCAGAGGAAUGCCCUUUUCUAGUCCUCUGUCAGUCAGGGUCAUUUUAAGAGUCUUCGAGGUAAUCUUUGCAUGUUAGUCAGAGGGAGAAAAAGUGCCCUUUGGAGAGGAAAAUAGUAUGGUCCUCCUCUUCCAUCUAGCACUCUCUCCCCUUCCCCCAUCCCUUCAGGCAGUAUCACCCUAGAAAUACCUAUGCAAUCUAGUCUCCCCAGGAGGCUGUGCAUGGAGGCAGGGGUAUGUGCAGUGUAUCAUAGUGAUGCUAAGGCAUAUCAAUUGUAUAUACGGACAUAUACAGUACGUAUGCACACAGAGUAAAUCACGUCUAUAUAUCUAUAAAUAAUAUCCUAUAUAUUUAUACAUUUCUAUGUUUUAAAUAUAUGUAAAAAUAGUCUAUAGAGUUGGAGGGGUGGUGGGGAAGCAUGGUGCUGGGUUGGCCAAGGGGAAGGAGACAGGGCUCUGGAGGGGAGGUGGGAAUGUUUUUCAGGCUGGUUUGCUAACCAUUGUGGGGACAGCUUCCUUGGGGUGUUGGAGAGGGGUGGCUGGGUCCACGCUCUCUCCAUGCACUUUCUCUCCUUUCCAGCCAGCUCAGGCUGAGGUUGGAAGGAGAAACCCCCGAGCUCGGGCUGCAGUAGCCCCUACCUCCCACUACCGCCAGCCUGCACUUAGCUGGUCAUUGCUGCUUGGCAGUAGGGGGUUGGACUUGGUCCCUGACUCCCAGUGAAGGGACCUCUGCACAAACUCCCCCAACACCCUCCCUUAUCAGGAGUGAGCAGCAUUGAUGGCAAUAGGAGCACCUUGGAAGAACAGUUAAUUGUCCGGGAAGAUGUCAUCCCUAUUUCCCAGAUGCUUCUGCCUGCCCCCUAGAGGCCAAGCCUCUGAAGUACAGCCGUCCUGGCCUUCACCCAUUCAACCCCUGGGAGUUGAGGAAGGCAGCGUGAGCUUCACAUGGGUCCCACCCAUCCUGAGGCCCCACCUGGUGGAAGAGAUCUAUCUGCACACUUAGAUUCUCAAUGGCAACUCAAAUUCAGGAGCGGGGCCUUGGCCCUGCCCACUCUGCGCAGCUGCUGGCUGUACUCAGGACAACGUUGUCCCCUCUUCCCAAACCAACCAAACAGCCCAAACCACCUCCGCUGUGACAGCAGGUUUAGGCUUAGUUCACAAACACUGUUCUCAUUCUGUGACCGGAUGCCCAAGCCCACUCUUUUCUGGGAAGGGUAUCUUCUUCACCUUGUCCCCAGACAAUGCCCCCCUCCUGAGCUGGGUGGGGAUGCCUGGGGCCCCAGGGAGUCUGGUGGCUGUCAGCAUGAUAGUGGGCUUGUGUAGCCAGGAUGGGAGUCAGAAGCUUUACUGCUCCCAGCAGCCUCUAUUCCCUUCUCUCUCCUGGAAGCAGGAGGGGUCUGGCGAUAGAGGCCCUUCCCUGCUCUCCAGAGCAGCCUGCCUUUGGGCUCCACAAACACACUCAUUUCCCAUACCGAGCCUUCGCAGGUCUCUCCCUGCUCUUCCUCACCAUCCUACCAACGGACCUCAGUCUCUAGCAGACCAGUCCUGUACCACGGUUGAGACCAGGUCUGCUCUGCCAGUGCCCACUUCCUUGAGCCACAGCUAGCUGCCAACUGGGCUGAACACCUUCUAGUGCCUGGCUCAGUGGAGUUCAGGACCAGCGGCCCAAGCCUUCAUCCCACUACAGUGGGGCAGAGCCUGGCCAGGGGAUAGGCAUUCCCAGUAGCAAUCCCACAAUGCACUGUACCUCAGAGAGAGAGAACGCACCACAGGGCAUCGAGGGGACUGGCCUCCAUGCAGAGGGGGCAACCACUCACAACACUGUUCAUGAGAAGGCAAAGGCCAGGCUGUCCUAGGGCAUCCCUCAGUCUACCCUUUGGCCUCUCUGGAAGAACUAGUAGUCUUUUUCAGCCCUGGUUUCUCUCCUCCUUUCCACCCCCAAGCUGCUGAACCAUUUUUCAUGUCAAUCACAAAGAAAAAAAAAAUUAGGUGGGGGUGGGGGGAAUUCCUAGGAGCCUAUUACCACAUACAUAUUAAUUACUAUGUUAAUACUUUCUUUCUUAAAGACAACUCUCAAUGUUAUUAUUUGGCAGACUGUGCUUUAUAGUACCUGUGUGUCGGGGCUAGAACACUGGAUACAAAUAGAGCUAUGCUGGUUUAUAAUCUGUAUGCAGAGUCUUUCCUUUUAUCACAUUAUCCUCGUAAUGUAAGAAGAUUAUUAUUAAUAAAAGCAUUUAAAUUGACA